CUUGUUCCUGUUGAAUUCAAAUAAAAUACAUACAAGAAGUAUAUGAUGAUAAUAAUAUAAUUUUAUGUAUAUGUAAUAGUGAUGUUAGGGCUAAAAGGCAGAGUAUACAUUUAGUUUGUUUUUCUCAUUACAUUGGAACUUCCCAUUGUCCCACAUUUGGCAAGUUGGGAUCUGGUCGCUCUAUGUAGAGGUGUGUUUCUUCGUAAAGCUUUAGCUUGUAAGUUGUUUGUAGUUUUUAUGAACAAUUAUGUUUAAAUGAGCAAGUGUUUUUUUUCCCCGCCCAGAUUGGUGACCAAACUGCUGAUCGAAAAGGCGAUUUUUUUUCAAUACUUUGAACUGUGACACUUCUUUAAUUUUAACAUCACAGACUCAUUCUGUCAGAAAUGAGGAAUCUUGGCUGGAUGUAUCACUUACUACUUUCUGCUUUGGUAAUUUUUGAGUCAUUUUAUCCAAGGUGAGGCUUUUCAAAUAGCUUUCUCUAAAUGACAUUAAUGCUUUUGUUCAUCCAUUUUCAAAAUGAAGUUAUUUCAAGGAGCUGAGAAGUCACUUUAAAGGUUUUUGUCUUUAAUAAGUGUUUCUCACUUAAUUUGUUUUGUUGUUUAAUCAUUUGCAUAUGCUGGAGCCUUUUAAGUCUUACUAAUGCAUACUUUCUAAUCUAAUGUUGUACUGCAAAGCCUUAUAUACAAAUCUUAUUCAAUCAUGUGUUUUGGGCUGACAUCAAGAAGUUUUCUUUAAAUAGGAAUCUUUUUCAUGCUUGCCUGCUUUUCUUUAGCAUUAGAUUGUGUUGCCUCUUUUUCAAUGCAGUGCUUCCCAUAAGAUCCAGAACAUAUUCUGUUAAUUGUAGACAUUUUAGCAGUAUGGGCAUUUUCUGUUUUUAACUUACUGAUAAGAUUUUCAUUUCUAAGUAAUUUCAGUACUUGAAAAUCUACCUUUUUCUUUUCAAAAUUAAACUCACGGCUACAGAAGAAAACGCUUAUCUUUUGUGGAUUUGUGCAAAUCUUCUAUAUCUGCCAAUCUGAAACGUAUCAUAGAGACAACCACAUGUGACAGAAAAUAAACAAAAUACACAAACAUUCUUAUAAAGAUUAUUAUUGCAUGUCUGGUCAUCAAAGGUAAACCUCACAAUAAAGGAAAAUGUAGGUGCAAGUGCAUAAAAUAAUGAUGUCAGAGUGCUCCUAAACAUCAUGAUUAAAUUAUUUGAAAGGGGAUUUUUUAAUAUCACUCUCAUAGUUAUUAACAAACAACAAACUUACAUUUGAUGACAAGGAUGAGUGAUAAUACAAUUGCUUUUAAAACAAAUAAUUUUAUAGUUUUUUUGUUUCAUGUUGUCCGUUUUUCAAACCCGUUUGGUUGCUAGUGAAGCAUGAACAUUACAUUCAAAAUUACAUUUUAUGAAUACUAGUUAUAUGUUGUUUUAACUCACGGUGGCGCUCUAUGUUAGCUCAAUAACGUUAAGUUCCGUUUGCGUUUGUCGUGGCCACAUUCUUGUGCUUCUCAAAUGCGUGGCGGAUCGGUCAGCUGCUGGUUGCGCUGCGUUGUCUGUUAAUCAUUUUCUUUUUUUCAAACUGGAUGCUAAUUCUUCGUGAAUGAUGGUUUCUCUGAUUGCCUCUGUGCAGUUCUGUGCAAUUUAUUUGUCCUUAUUGUGGUUCCAUAUCGCGCACGGAGACGUGAGCUAUUCGUUCCCGGAGGAGAUGAAACGAGGAUCAGUCAUUGGGAAUGUCGCCAAGGAUCUCGGGCUGCAGACGGGAGCGCUCACUAACAGGAGACCCCGCAUUGACACCGACGGGCCUGAAAAACGUUACUGCGAUGUAAACCUGAAUAACGGAGAGCUGAUUGUGGCCGACAGGAUUGACCGUGAGGGCCUUUGUGGUGAGAAGGCUUCGUGCAUCCUGAAACAGGAGCUCGUGCUGGAAAACCCUCUAGAGCUCCAUCGGGUCAGCCUUCAUAUUCAGGAUAUUAACGAUAACGCGCCACAGUUCAACGAAAAAAUUAUCAGUUUAGAAAUUCGGGAAUCUGCAGUCAGAGGAGCUCGUUUUGUGCUGGAGGAGGCGCAUGAUGCAGAUGUAGGACAGAAUGCAGUUCAGCAGUACAGCCUUGAAAGGAACGAUCAUUUUAUUUUAGCUGUUGAUAGAAAUAAAAUAGAGCUUGUUCUGGAUAAGGAGCUUGAUCGUGAAAAGUACAAGGAAAUAAAUGUGCUGCUGACAGCUUUAGAUGGGGGAUCUCCUCAGAGAUCAGGUACAGUAGUCAUUCAUGUCUCUGUGCUGGAUGCUAAUGAUAACGCCCCAGUGUUCAGUCAGGAGGUUUAUAAAGCCAGUCUGCCUGAAGACUCUCCUUUAGACACUCUAGUGGUCACAGUUAGUGCAGCUGAUGCUGAUGAGGGACUGAAUGGAGAUGUGACUUAUGAUUUUGGUCACGUGUCUGAUGAGGUGAGAAAAAUAUUCAGCAUUGAUCGUAAACGUGGUGAAAUAGUUUUAAUUGGUUCUGUUGAUUAUGAAACCACUUCCUCAUAUGAAAUUCGUGUUAAAGCAAAGGAUGGUCUUGGGCUUUCAUCUUAUGCUAAAGUCAUCAUUUCUGUUACUGAUGUGAACGACAACGCCCCUGUCAUUAAUGUGAAAUCACUGACCACUCCCAUACCAGAAGACACCUCACCUGGUACAGAGGUGGGCAUCAUCAACGUGCAGGACAGAGACUCUGAGAAGAACCGACAGGUCCGCUGCUCCAUUCAGCAGAACGUUCCUUUUAAGUUGGUUCCUUCUAUUAAAAACUAUUAUUCUCUGGUGACCACAGGACAGCUGGACCGUGAACUAGUGUCUGAUUACAACAUUACAAUCAGUGCCACUGACGAGGGCUCUCCACCUCUGUCCUCCUCUAAAACUGUUCAGUUAUCUGUAGCUGACAUCAACGACAACCCACCUGUGUUUGAGGAGCAGUCCUACAGCGCGUAUGUGAGUGAAAAUAACAAACCUGGCUCCACUUUAUGUUCCGUUAGUGCUCGAGACCCGGACUGGAGACAAAACGGUACCGUGAUUUAUUCUCUGUUACCUGCUGAGGUGAACGGUGCGUCGGUGUCCUCCUAUCUAUCAGUUAACGGAGACACGGGGGUGAUCCACGCUGUCAGGUCGUUUGAUUAUGAACAGCUGAGGAGUUUUAAAGUCCACGUGAUGGCCAGAGACAACGGUUCUCCUCCUCUCAGCAGCAACGUGACCGUGAGUGUGUUCGUAUCAGAUGUGAAUGACAACUCUCCUCAGAUACUGUACCCCGCCCCGGAGGGCAGCUCCUUCAUGACCGAGCUGGUCCCCAAAGCUGCACACGGAGGCUCUCUGGUGUCCAAAGUGAUAGCGGUGGACGCGGACUCUGGACAGAACGCCUGGCUGUCCUAUCAGAUAGUCAGAUCCACUGAUCCGGGACUUUUCACUAUCGGUGUGCACAGCGGAGAGAUCAGGACGCAGCGGGACAUUUCAGAAUCUGACAGCAUGAAACAGAACCUGAUUGUAGCAGUGAAAGAUAACGGACAGCCCUCUCUGUCUGCCACCUGUGCCAUGCAUUUACUGAUUUCUGAUAACUUGGCUGAGGUGCCAGAGCUGAAAGAUAUUUCUUAUGAUGACAAGAACUCCAAACUGACCUCGUAUCUGAUCAUUGCGCUGGUGUGUGUGUCCACCUUCUUCCUGACCUUCAUCAUCAUCGUCCUGGGUGUGAGGUUUUGUCGCAGGAGAAAGCCCAGACUGUUGUUUGAUGGAGCAGUGGCCAUUCCCGGAGCUUAUCUCCCUCCUAAUUACGCAGAUGUUGAUGGAACAGGAACUUUACGCAGCUCCUACAACUUUGACGCCUACCUGACAACAGGAUCUAGAACCAGUGACUUUAAGUUUGUGUCAUCUUACAAUGACAACACGCUGCCUGCUGACCAGACUCUGAAGAAAAGUCCCUCUGAGUUUGCUGAUGUGUUUGGAAGUUGUGAUUCUUCCCCUGAGGUAAGACAAUUUUUAUGUUUCUUUUAUUUUAAAACUCACACAAGAAUCAUUCAGUUAAUACACCUCCAACACAACCAAGAUAAGUUCCCUCAAAACAGUUCUCAACAACCUUGUUCCCUUUCUCUUUACGUUUGUAUCGGCUUCUUGUUUUAGUUGCAUUCCUUUGCAUUGUCAGUGCUCAUUGUUUCAAAAUAAGGUUUCUGCUACAGCCACCCUGCAACAGAAACAGCUGGCUGCUAUGCCGCAAUUUUUUUUUCUUUUUUGCAAUAUGGUUCUUCCUCAGGCAUCACAUGCAUAUUUAUUAUCCCAGUUUCCACUGUGCAGUCUUGGAAUAAAUAAUGCAUCCUCAUGAUGCACACACUUUCUGCUUUGGUGCAAGAUAACCUUUUAUAUGCAAACAUAGGUACAUUUAGGAAAUAAUUCUGGUAUAAGACACAAUCUGAAACACACAAGCACACAUUUGUGAGCUAUGAAGAACAUAUGCUGCAUUUAAAUUUGCCAUUGGUGUGUCAGUGCAUGUGAAGGGAUGCUGUGUGGUUUUGAUUCCACUGCUCAAAUGUAGGUCACUGGACUCAUCAGUUAGAUUAAAGAGAGGGGGUAGAUAAUCUAUGUAUCUGUUUCUGUCUCUGUUUAUCUUUAUUUCCAACAAACUGCUGUUAUGUUUUUCUUCGUUAAUGUAUUUAAU